AUGACAAACGACAACACCCAGGACUUCCAGUCCAUUCCCGUCAUCGACCUCUCCCAGCCGGACCACGCCGCGCUCAUCGCCGAGAUCCAGCACGCGCUCAUCCACAUUGGCUUCUUCUACGUCAAGAACCACGGCGUUCCCCUCUCCUUCCUCGACACGGUGACGGCCAAGGCGAUCGAGUUCUUUGACCUCCCGCUCGAGGAGAAGCUCAAGGCCGACAAGCUGACCUCGCCCACCUUCCUCGGGUACAGCGUGCAGGGCAACGAGAUCACCAAGAACAAGAAGGACAACCGUGAGCAGCUCGACUUCGCGAACGAGCUGCCCGCCUUCUGGAAGCCCGGACAGCCCGAGUACGAGCGCCUCACUGGCCCGAACCCGCUCCCCGAUGAGGACGCCCUGCCCGGCUUCCGGCAGGUGUUGCAGGAGUACUGGACGCAUGCGUCUGGUCUCGCUGAGCGCCUGACGCGCCUGACUUCCGAGGCUCUGGGCCUCCCGCCCAACGCGAUCGAGGACGCCUACGUCGAGCCGGGACAGCAGCACCGCGCCAAGUUGAUCAAGUACCCCGCUGUCGACGCUCUGGCCCCGGGCGACGGAACGCAGGGCGUCGGCGCGCACCGCGACACGGCCAACCUCCUCACCGUCCUCUACCAGGCCAACGACCUCCCCGGCCUGCAGGUGCAGAACCAUGCCGGCGAGUGGAUCGACGCCCCCGCCAUCCCGGGCACUUUCGUUAUCAACAUUGGUACCGGGCUCGAGUACCUCGUCCACAACGUGGCUGUCGCGACGACGCACCGUGUCCUCAACCCGCCGCCGGGACGGGGACCGCGAUACUCGAUCGGAUACUUCCACGGAGCGCGCCUCGACCGCAAGCUCGAGCCCAUCGACCUGCCCGAGGAGGUGCUCGCGCAGAAGCCCGCCAACGUCGUCACGGACACGAAGGGAUACCAGUACGCGGAGCUGUAUGCCAGCAACCCCGGCAUGUACGCGCUUAUCAACCGCUGCUCGUCGCACCGCGACGUCGGCGUCAAGUGGUACCCCGAGCUGUGCAAGGAGCAUGGCAUCACCGACGGGCCUAACGGAGGAUACUAG